AUGGUGGCGGCACUUUCCGCGAAGUUGACUUCAUUGGUUGUGGUGAAAAUUAUUGAUAAAUUCUGUCCUCUGGGAUUGGUGUCGUCGAUUGAGCGGUCAGGUAGAAAGCGUGGUAAUGUCGAGAUGAUCGGCACGGAUACAAUGGUUCUCCGAUGGACAAAGAGAGACUCCGCUGUGAUCCGCAAGGCUGUGAAACACGAGUCAAAUGUGAAGAAUGAGGAAUCACAGAACACAAUACCCAUCGCACAGCCAAGCCCUCGCAUGUCGCGCACCAAUUUUGCUACCAUCCUCGACCACCAAUGGUCCAUUGAUUUAGCCACUCAGACCAUCACUGUCGCCACAGACGAUGUACACAUGCACGACGAUGACCGCGACUACAUCGAGCUCGCAGCCGAGUUGUCAGCCGUCACUCUCGACGGUGCCACCAUCACGCCACAUUGUGACACACCCGAUUCUUCCAGUACGCCAGGGUCUGAGAGGCCUGACACUCCGAUGGAGUGGACCACGCUAUGGGACGCGUCUUGCGUCUCCCCGGAAUUCGGCAAAGAGUCUGUGGCGCACAUAGGAUCGCCACACGACUUCUACGUUUCGGGACAACGACGGGAGCCCAUGGGGUCUGGGAGUGACAGCGUAAUCAAGGGACUUGCACGCACAGGGUGUCAGAGGCGCGCGAUGAUGAACACGACAACGACAGCAGAGGCCACGCGGUCGCUUUUCUCCGCGAUGAGGACAUACGGAGACACAAUUUACGCCCCGCUUCGACUCCGCCAGGCCAGAGCCUCGGAAUGA